CAUCAUGCAAUGUGAAACAAAAAUGGCUGAAAGUCUUCAUAAUAGUGCUGUUACCUUGUCGAGUUCAACAGUGAAAAGGUAAGCAUUAAGGGAACACUGGACGUUUCAGAGGAUUUCGCACGAUGCCGAAAUAUUACGAAGACAAAGAGGAAGACAACAGAGCAUGCGCGGGAAUCAGGGAGGACUUCAAGGCCUGUCUCCUUCAGCACGACUGUGUGGUAAAGGAUGGGAAGCUGCCCAGUGAGUGUUUGAAGGAAGGCCAUUGUAAAGCCCUGCAGACAUCCUUCUUUGAGUGUAAGAGGUCAAUGCUGGACACGAGAUCAAGAUUCAGAGGAAAGAAAGGAUACUGAGGAGCUGUCGAAAUUCUGCCACAUGGGUGAAGAAUUACUGGAUCAACAACUACAAACACUGGUGAUAAUGGUGUUUAAAAAAGUGCUGCUCGCAGGUCACAUCACGAGCAGCUUUUACAACCCCGUCUGAAGAACGUCUCAAAUCAGUAGGUAGCAAAAGGACUACCAGCUUUUAAAGAACAAUGAACUCUGACACACAGAAGAAGACGAAAUUCAUCAGCGGGGGGGAAAAAAAAGAAAAGCACGCAUUCACUGUCUGGAGCUUCAUCUGGAUGAAUGAGGAUGUGAUUGUGAUGUCAUGAAACACUUGC